AUGGAUAGUUGGGCAGUUAAUGAGCGCACGAGGCCAUUGGCUGCUGCGUUCACAACUGUUAUUGUCAUUAUUGUGUACCUAGUAGAGGAAAUGCAUGUUACUAGGCCGGGCAGAAGUAAAGAACCAUCAAUUUUUCGUGACCUAACUAGGAAACGACAUAUGGAACGCAUUCUUAGGGGUGGGCAAGAUUAUUGCGUAAGCUAUCUUAGAAUGGAUGUAGGUCCUUUCUUACAUCUUUCUUCCAUCUUCCGUGACAAGCACCUCCUCGUAGACAGUAGACAUGUGUCGGUCGAGGAACAAUUAGCCAUCUUCUUGCAUAUAGUUGGCCACAACACCAAGAACAGGAUAAUGCGAGUUGAGUUCCUACGAUCUGGGGAAACCAUUAGCCGAUAUUUUAACAAUGUCCUCCGAGCUGUGUGCGCCAUCCGUGAUGAUUUUGUUCACCCCCCAAGUGGUACUUGCCAUCACGAAAUAGAGACGAACCCAAAUUGGUACCCUUUCUUUAAGGAUUGUGUGGGUCUAUUAGACGGGACACAUGUUGAUGCUUCUGUCCCUUCUAAUGAAAUACCACGGUUCCGUGGCCGAAAGGGUCCAACACAAAAUGUCCUCGCGGUGGUGAACCCUGACUUACAGUUCACCUAUGUGUUGGCGGGUUGGGAAGGCUCAGCAAAUGACUUCACUGUGUUAAAAGAUGUAUUAGCACGACCACAUCCCGAGGGGUUGAAGGUGUUAGAAGGAAAAUACUAUUUGGUAGACGCUGGGUACACAACAAUGAAUGGUUUCAUAGCACCGUACCGCGGCGUUAGGUAUCACCUAAAGGAACAUAGUGGCAGGCCACCAACCAAUCCGAAAGAAUUGUUCAAUCUCCGGCACUCAAUGUUACGCUCCCGAGUUGAGCGUGCUUUCGGCACAUUGAAGAACCGUUUUAAGAUUCUAACCUCUCACCCAUUUUUCCCCUUCAGGACUCAGGUUAAGCUCGUCCUUGGGUGUUGCAUCAUUCAUAACUAUAUUGCAGGUGUCGACCCGAGUGAUAGGAUAUUGCUUGAAGGAAGCACACAGCAAGAUGAAUAUAUUAAUGCGUCACAAACCCGAUCACAACGAGCACAACGUGAGGAAAAUAGGCAGUGGGUGGAGUUGAGGGAUAACAUUGCAAAUGACAUGUGGAAUCGCUACAAUGGCUUCGUCUGA